AUGGGAAACUCCUCUGGAAAAGAGGAGGGGGCUGAGGGGGCUGAGGGGGCUGAUGGAGAGGAGGAGAAGGAUGGAGAAGACGAGAUUCCAGAGAAAAAGAAGGAAGAGAAGGAGGAGGAGGUGGAGUUGCCUUUAGGAGUGGAGGAACUGUUUGAGAGUGGUGAUCCAGUUUUGGAUAUCAGCUACAAAAAGUUCAAACGCUUGCCUCUUCGUGUUUGUAGUCUUCUGCACCUGGAGAAGCUGUAUUUAUGUGGGAACAGUCUGAGAAAUCUACCUGACAGUCUAUCACAACUCCAAGGUCUCCGCACCUUGGCUUUAGAUUUCAACAAGAUGGAAGACGUCCCACCGGCUGUUUGCGAGCUUAGAAACCUCACGCGGUUAUACCUGGGCAGUAACCGACUUAUGAACCUACCUGCAGAAGUGAAAAAUCUGCAAAAUUUGCGUUGUCUCUGGGUUGAAAGCAACUACUUCCAGAGAUUCCCACGAGAGCUCUAUGAUUUACCCAAUCUCAAGUCCCUCCAGAUUGGGGACAACCGGUUGAAGACUCUGCCUCCUGAUUUGGUGAGGAUGGAGGCUUUAAGAGGACUUUGGCUCUAUGGGAAUCGUUUCGAAACAUUCCCCAAAGUUCUGUUGAAAAUGGAAGGCUUGGAAAUUCUCGAUAUGGAUCGCAACAAGAUCUCAGAAUUCCCAAGUUUGAGACGUUUACAUGCCUUACGUUUAUUCUCAUAUGAUCACAACCCUGUAGAAGCCCCUCCUCCUGUUAGAGAAGAGGUGUUAGUAGUCGGAGAGGGAGCGGCUGAGUUUUUGGAGAUCCGUGAAGCCAGGAUAGAACGAAGGAGAAAAGCUGCAGAGGAGGAGGCUGAAUUGGCACUAGCUGCAGAGGCUGGAGAGGAACCUGUCAUUCAUGGCAUCUUAAAAAAUAGCAAUGCAAAUAAGAGUGAGAUGGCAGAGGAAACAGACGGGAAUGGAGAAAUGGAGAGAGAAGAGGAGGAGAUGCUGGAGGAGGAGGAUGGAGGACCUUUGGUGGACUAUCAGGAGGAAUCACAGUUUGAGACUCAGGACAUGUACGGUGAUGGAGACAUGAUGGAGUUUGAGGGGGAUGAGCUAGAGUAUGACACAGUGCAGAUGGAUUAUGAAUAUGAAGAAGGACCAGAGCUGGAGGAGGUUGGGAGACAAGAGCAAAGGGCUUGA